UUGGCCGCGCCGUUCGAAUUGAAAACGUUCGGUUCUUUUGGGGGUGGCCGAGUUUGCACAGCGAGAGGAACGUUCGCCGCGGAGACGGAGCGUUUGAAAGAUCAGCGAACGUUCCGUUAGUAUUUGCGCGCAUCGCAAUUGCACAGGUUUGCGCCUAAACCUAGAGGUAAACCCUCUGAUGUGGCAACGUGAAAUCUGGCUUUCGUAUUACAUUUGUUACGCUGGACAACGCAUGCAUUGGCCCUGUCCGCUCUAUGGUAUUGCAACAGCGAGCGGCAGUUGUUAUGGGUUUCGCUUUUACGCAAUCGGCCCAGGUCCCAGAGGCCGCGACGCUCCCUACACAUCUCUGCCCUAGCCGAGUAUUAUUACAGUCAACUGACUUUUUGUUUACUUCAAAGCAUUACGUCGAUAAUCCAUUGUCGAUGAGCCGGAUUCCAUGGCGGAGAAAGUGUUUCUGACGGUGGCCGGGCUGUCGGGGUUCUUGGCGGUCGGUCUCGGCGCCUACGGAGCGCACAAGUUCAAGCCUGCGACUUCAGAUGUUUACCUCAAAAGUGUGUUCGAGACGGCGAACCGGUACCACUUCGUACACACGCUGGCGAUGCUGGCUGUCCCGCAGGCCAGUCGGCCCUUGCUGGCGGGGUCGCUGAUGACCGCCGGGAUGUUGCUCUUCUCCGGGUCAUGCUAUCUGCUCAGCCUGACGGGCCAUCGCUGGCUGGGCCGCGUCACGCCCUUCGGAGGCCUGUGCCUCAUGGCCGCGUGGCUCGCCAUGGCGCUGUAGCCUGCACUGGGACCGGUGCUACGGGAGGACACACAACAAUACUCUGCUACGCUGUGGAAACUGGGAAUGUAACGAUGCGUCCAUCCGAUGAUUAAAAUCGAUUAACUCGCAAGCGGGGGGGAGGGGGGGGGGCGUAGCGUGGUUUAAUUAGUUUAUGAGAAACAGAAUCUUUAUUUAAAAUUGAGGAAUCCGAUGAGCUAUGAAGCUUUUUUUCACAGAUACCCUCGUAGCCCGGCGCCUGGCGCUCUCUGGCCUGUGGGCCCUGAUGCAGUUGGACUGCCUGCACACUAGAUAGCUCACCCCUGCUCGAUUGCCCUCAUGAUGCAUGCGUUAAGUUGCGUGUGAGAAGAUGUAAUGCUGAAAUCCGUCUUAUCCUCGUGUCUGUUAUUCAUUGUUCCCGCUAUCUGUGACCCUGAAUCGAUGAGUGCACGAACUUUAUUUUCUACUUGAUUCUGUUAUUCGAGCAUUUGCGCGGAAAACAGAGUAAUCUGGAAUUGAUGGGAAUUUCAUCCUAUUUGCCACAUCAAUUUCGCUUAGAGGGAAUUAAAUGUGUUUAUAAUUUAUGCAGCUAGUAUUCUAAGUAAGGUUGCAUAGCUUUCGAGUGUGCAAACGGUGCAACUGCACUGGGAACCAUGGGCCGGAGGGGCCAGACGCAGGGCUACAAAAUUAUAAAUAAACUUUUUAAAAUUAUUUACCAGGUAAGACCCACCGAGCUAUGUAGCUCUUUUUCAGAUGCGACAUGGCCACAGAUGAUAGCUCAACGAAGUGGCUUAUCGUGUGGAAAUUUAUAGCA